UUUGAGUCAUUAAAAGCUUAAGGCUCCAAUAAGUAAUAUAUCAUAAUAUCAUUAAGUGUAACAUUAAAAGUUUUACACAACCGUGUAAAUUUAUUAGUGAAUUAAAAUAAAAGUGUUUAUAUAUUUAAAAGUAUAGCAACAAAAAUAUUUAAUUCCGCAAGUGCUGAAAAUAAACGAAUUUUAACUCUAAAAUCGGAUUUAUUUAUAAAUAAAAAUGCCGCCAAAUACAGGCAAUGAUCUGACGUUUUCUAAUGAACAUGACUUAGAAAACGAUGUAACGACGAAAAAUAUAAAAAUAAACGGUAGACCAAAAAAGUGGUAUGAAUUUGAAACAGAAGUGAUUUGGAAAAACUCAAUAUUUAUGAUCGGACUUCAUUUGAUAUGUUUAUAUUACACGAUCACUUUUCCUUAUUUAGAACAGAAAUUUUUGUCAGUAUGGGCGUUUAUCAUGCUUCAUCUAACGGGAAUAGGAGUUACGGCUGGUGUACAUCGUCUAUGGACUCAUCGUGCAUAUAAAGCCAAAACACCACUUAGAAUUAUUCUCGCUACUUUAUAUUACUCAGCUGGACAAAACAAAAUUUUCAGCUGGGUCAGAGACCACAGAGUUCAUCAUAAAUACACAGACACACUUGCAGACCCUCAUGAUACUAAUCGCGGUUUUUGGUUCAGUCAUGUCGGCUGGUUGAUGGUAAAAAAACGUCCUGAAGUUCGUCAACGUGGAAAAGGAAUCGACAUGAGUGACAUUCUCAAUGAUCCGGUCGUUCAGUUUUUCGACAGCAACUUUGUUGUACUCAACACACUACUCACUUUCGUGAUCCCAGUCUUGAUACCUGUUUAUGUCUUCAAUCAAAGCUUGAAAUGGACAAUCAUAUCUCAAGUAUUCAUGCGUUAUCCAUGGGUUUUAAACAUCACUUGGUCGGUCAAUAGUUUCGCUCACAUGUUUGGAUAUCACAGCUACGACAAAAAUAUCUUACCUGCUGAAAAUCUAUUGGUCGGCUGGGCGGCUGGAGGUGAAGGCUGGCAUAAUUAUCACCACGUCUUCCCCUGGGAUUACAAAGCAGCUGAAUUCCGUAACUUUAUGCUUAACGUUACUACGUCAUGGAUCGAUAUGUUCGCUCAAAUUGGAUGGGCUUACGAUUUAAGACAGGCGAGUCCUGAUCACAUAAAAAAAGUUAUUGCCAGAACAGGUGAUGGGUCACAUCAUCCUUACUUAAGUUAAAAAAAAUGCUUUCUUUACAAAUAUGUUGGUUUUAUAAAUUAAAAUAGUAAAAUUUAAAAUGUGAAUAUAAUGAUGCAUCAGCACUUUGAAAUAGUUCUGGCGCUUAAUAAUUUAUUCAAUCAAAAUGUUUUAAUUUCAUGUCUGAUAUAAAAUAUUCAACAUAUAUUUAAAUAUAAGAUGAGUGUAUUAUAAUA